AUGACUUCCGACUCGAGCUCCUCCACGCACUCCGAUUCGCCGCCUACGACUCUUCAUCUUUCGUCGCCGUUUGCAGACACGACCAAAGACUCUGCUCACCUCGCCUUUGCACCCAUAGCGCUGGCGCAAUACCACAACGUUGCCGAAAAACUGGCCUCCAACAACCUCUACCGCAUCCUACGCGCACCAGGACCCAUCCGUGUAUGGGUCUACCGAUCGCUACUCGCCGAGAAUCAAUUGUGGAAUGACUGGGACCGUCGCGCGCUGUCACAACCCGACCUGAAGACGGAAACGAGCGAAGGCAUGGCCGAAGGCAGCAUCAACGAUACCGAGAGCAUGGGCGAGUCUGAGCGCCCAGAGAGUUCAGGCGGCAUACAUGCGCGACCCUAUCUUACCCGACUCCGCCUGGCGCUCGCGCCUUACACCGUACAUUUCCACAACCCAGGCUAUGUCAGGGACGAUACGUUGCGUAUGCUAGAGCGGGACGUGGUCAAGAAGACACUGGAAGAGUCGCGGAAAAGCUUGGAACUGCGCGAAGAACUCGGCCUCUCGUGGGAGUUCUGGGACGAUCUUGCGGGCGUGCUGAAAGCCGCCAUACCCUCACUCGAGCGUCGAUGUUUCGCUGCGCCGGAUCCUGCCGCCCCAGAAUACGAAGGCCUGUCGGGUCCGUUGAUCGCAAGCUAUUCCCCGAGUCUGCUUAGGGACCUGGAAAGAUUGAACCAGCUUGUGUGUAUAGCCCGGAAUGUGCAGGUACAUGGAGAGAAGGUGCAGAACCUGAGCGCAGACAGGCUGUUCGACAAGGACAUUUUUGCGCUGAUCAAUGUCUGUGUACGAGUCACCGCACGCGGCUACGACGGCGAGGCUGGGACCCAGGACGAAGAUAAAUGGCAGGGUGUCAUCAAUGCAUACAAGAAGCUUCUCAUCACAUGUUUGCAAUUCCUCAACAACCUCAUCGCACGCAACGAGCAGCGCAAGCUUAUGCUCUGGAUCGAACUGUUUGACAGCCACCUCGACAAUGAACUACCAAACUUUGCCGACAUGAAGUACAAGAUGGAUGAAUUCCCACAAGAUCAAGGGCCGCCACCUGAGGAACACCCAUUGCCAACAAAUGCAGCGCGUAGCUUAGACACAUUCAAAAUUCCACAGCAACCUGCGUCUUCGCCCUUCCUACUGUACAUUGGAGAAACGGGCAACGAUGUCAAAAAGGCCCUGAUACAUCAUGGUGUCAAAGCAGGCGCCAACGAAAUUGCUGCCGAAUGCAGGCGCAGGUGGCAGACGAUGAGCGAGGAAGAGAAGAACAAAUGGAACAUGCUGUACGCGGAUGUAGUUGCCAGGUAUCGCGAUCAGAUCACCCAGUCCAGCACAUAUCGCAAAGUUGUAGACCAACAUGCCAAGAACGAAGAGAGUGUACAAGCACUGGCAAAGAGCAUCAAUCAACUUCAAGUCGAGGUUGACAGGAUGCGUUCUUCGAUUACCGCUCUCCCUGGCGACGAAUCUAGCCGCGAGCAACAAGCAUCCCAAACCGCAGCGGAGAAGCAGUCCUCAAAACCAGCAAUGGAUGACUCGUUACUAGAUCCUAGCAUCAAACGGUCUCCCCCGGCAGGUGAGAUCGAUUUCCGUGUGACAUACCCGCCAUCCUUCGGUGCGGAGAUCCUCCAAAAUGGCAAAGAAGAUCUGCUUAAGCGUCUGGAGCCAGACCCCGACCGUCCAUCAGGGCUAAUCAGUGACGUAGCGUCUCCUACUUCUCCUCCGCCAGAGGAUGACGGUGAUAAUGAUGACGAUUACGAUGACAUACCUGGUGAUGAAGGCCGAGGGCUGCUUACAGAUGUUCCACUAAUUCUGGGGCCUACCGAGAUUGAAGUCUUGCCUAUGAUAAUCAUGGCGGGCAUUGUGGAGCCAACAGAGGGACAACCUGGUUAUCACUCGGACCCGACUAUUUUCAGCAGCGUUAGGAGCAUGCAUGGUGUGCGGUGUCACCUGCUCCUUGCGCAGGACAAUGGCCGAAAUCUUCUUAGAGAGUUAUUGAUCUUUGUUGCAGCUUGGGAUCUACGCGAGGAAGAGCUGUACUUCAAAUUCAUGGUCAAGAUCAUGGAAGCUAUUCUUGCAAACCAACUACUGCCAUUUGCUUACCAUGCCUUUAGGGAGUCUGAAUCGAAAGACAUCAUCUCUCCGGCUCAGGCAGUCAUCAUGAAGCUUCUUACCAACAUCUUCCGCGCCAGACAAGCCCGUGCUCAACCUACGAAGGGCCACCUCAAAGCAAAUCACCCACAAGUGGACCAAGGCGAUGUCCAUAUGGUCAACUUUCUACUUACUGAGUUCCGUCGUCAUAUCAUUCCUCAAACAUGCGCUCUCAUCUUCCUUCAAGGCCAAAUUCGCGCAGGCCAUGCUCAGCCGGAAGACUUUCCUCUGAACCUCUGGGAUAUGGAGCGCAUGUAUGAAGGUGUCUAUCAAUACCUAGAGUUCUUUGCCAUUCUCACAGAACAUGAGACGUGGAAGAGGAUGUUGAGCAACUGGGAAAUUUCUCACGAACUGGUAACCCUUCUGAAAGAGUUAGACGCAGCGAUACCCAAGGGUCAGCUAUCACCGCCUCCCUUGAGGAAUGUUCAGCAUGCUCCACCACCCCCAGCACCGGUAGAGGUGGAUGUUCCUUCGCCACAGCAGCAGCAACAGCAGCAGCAGCCACCACAGCCGCAGCCAGUCGCUGUUGAGCGGCCAUAUGAUACUACAGCUGCUGCAGCUGAACCAUACAUACCCCCGCCAACUUCACCGUCACCUCGACCAUACAUAGAUGAAGCGGCUGAUGAACCCUCCGACUUCGAAUGGCGCAAUCUCAAGAAGCUCGCCGUUCUCGUCCUCAGCUCUCUAGUGUGGAAGAAUAAGCACGUUCAAGACCAAAUCCGUCCCCUCGGCGGUAUCGAAGCAGUACUCAACUGCUGUUCCUACGACGAGCAUAACCCAUAUAUUCGGGAACACGCGAUAAUGUGUCUACGUUUCCUCAUGGAAGGCAACAAGGAGAAUCAAGACCGCAUCCACGCUCUGGAAAAGGUCAAUCAAGAUGCCAACGCCAAACCUAAAGCAACAUCGAGUUCAAAUCCAAACACGGCUGUCCCAGGCGAAAGCAGUGGUAGUAGUGAGAAUGGUGGUAGCGGUAGCAGCAGCAGCAACAGAUCACCCGUCAACGUCCGUGUACCCGACGAAGUGCUCGACCAACAAGGGUACGAAACCUACAUGGAUAAACAAGGCCAGGUGAUGUUGCGCAAGCGUCAACCUCAGUCUUCGCCUGCGCAUCAGAGUCAGAACCAGCCACUAACGUCUCGCUCAGAUAUCGGGGGCAAUAGCAACAGCAAGGGUAAAGGCAAGAGCGACCUUACUACUACUGCUGCGUUGGGUGAGAUGGCGAGGAUGAGCGGUGGCUUGAGGGAUCCGAAGGCACUAGAGGAUAUGGUGCAACAGGUUAUGCGUGGCUUGCCUAGAGUACAAGGCUUGAGGGGUGAUGAAGAGAGGGCAGUAGAGGUUGAGGAGGCGCUGAAGAAAUUAGACAAGGGUUUUGAUGGAGGCUCGUAA